AAAAGUUUCUAGGAAACAUUUGAAAAUGGAGCUAUCACCACCAGAUGGAAUGAUGCAAUCUGAACUUGCCAAGUACCGUACUCCUCUAGUAUCUAGGUAUGCAAGCCCAGAAAUGGCGUAUAACUUUAGUGAUAUGAAGAAAUUCACUACAUGGAGGAAAUUAUGGACAUGGCUGGCUAAAGCUGAAAAGACACUAGGGUUGAACAUAACAGAUGAACAGAUAAACGAAAUGGAGAAAAACUUGACAAAUAUAGAUUUUGAGAGAGCAGCGAUAGAAGAGAAGAGGCGUCGUCAUGAUGUCAUGGCACAUGUACAUACAUUUGGUGUUUGUUGUCCGUCUGCUGCACCAAUCAUUCAUCUCGGAGCCACGUCAGCUUUUGUUGGUGAUAACACUGAUCUGAUUGUGAUGAGGGAUGCAUUUGACAUCAUUCUUCCAAAGUUAGCAAGAUGUGUGCAAAGGUUAUCCCUGUUUGCUGAAAAUAACAAAGCCUUGCCAUGUUUAGCUUAUACACAUUUACAGCCAGCCCAGUUGACCACAGUUGGUAAGAGAGCUUGUAUUUGGAUCCAAGAUUUACUGAUGGACAUUAGAAAUAUAGAGAGAGCUAGAGAUGACCUCAAGUUUCGAGGUGUUAAAGGAACAACAGGAACCCAAGCCAGCUUUCUUGCCCUGUUUGAAGGAGAAGAAGAUAAGGUUGAAAUCCUGGACAAACUAGUUACAGAUAUGGCAGGAUUUAAACAACAUUUUCUGAUAUGUGGACAGACUUACUCUAGGAAAGUUGACAUAGACUGUUUAAGUACAUUGUCUAGUCUAGGAGCAUCUGUACAUAAGAUUUGCACAGAUAUCCGUCUUCUUGCAAGUUUCAAAGAAUUAGAAGAACCUUUUGAAAAAGAACAAAUUGGUUCAAGUGCUAUGCCAUACAAGAGAAAUCCUAUGAGAAGUGAACGCUGCUGUGCCCUGGCUCGUCACCUUAUGUGUCUGAUACAGAACCCAUUAAUGACAGCAUCUACACAAUGGAUGGAGAGAACAUUAGAUGAUAGUGCUAAUAGGAGAAUAAGUCUAGCAGAGGCAUUUCUUACAGCUGAUAUAAUACUUAGUACAUUACAGAACAUUUCAGAGGGACUUGUUGUUUAUCCUAAGGUGAUAGAGAGAAGGCUAAAAUUAGAACUUCCUUUCAUGGCCUCGGAGAAUAUCAUCAUGGCUAUGGUGAAAGCUGGUGCUGACAGACAGGAGUGUCAUGAGCAGAUCCGUGUAUUAUCUCAGGAAGCUGGAAAUGUUGUAAAACAAGAGGGAGGAGACAAUGAUCUCGUAGAGAGGAUAAAACGGUCAUCUUACUUUAUACCCAUACACAGCCAGCUCAAUAAAAUACUGGACCCUUCUACAUUUACUGGUCGGGCACCAGACCAGGUAAAGAGGUUCUUAGAGGUUGAGGUGAAACCAGCUAUUAAACCAUAUUCCAAUAAACUAGAUGAAAUAUCAGAAUUGAACUUGUAACAAGACGUUAUCAUAUUAGCUCAUACAGAGAUUUCUCCUCUUACUAUUACCUCUAUAUGAUAACUCCCUACUGGUGUUUGGACAAUUGAGUUACAAUAUAUGUUAAGAGUGCCAUCAAGACAUCAUUUACGAGAAAUGCUAGAUUGAACUUAUUGGAUGUGCUAUAAAUGCUAGUUUGAAAUUCAAGGACAUGUGUAAAGAAAUACUAGUUUAAAACUCUUGGAUGUGUAAUAGGAAAUGCUAGUUUGAAAUUCAAGAAAAUAUAAGAAGAUAUGCGUGUUUGAAAUCUAAGGAUAUGUAUGAAGAAUUGCUAGUUUCAGUAAUAGUUUGAGAUUAAGGGACAUGUAAACGUUUGAUAUACACAAAAGUGUAAAAAAAAUCAAGCUGU